AUCUUCACCUGCACAAUAUGUCUGACACUGAGGAAGCUGUUGCAGUCGAACAACCUGUCGUAAAGAAAGGAAAGACCGGAAAGUACAGAAAAGAAAAGCCAUGGGAUACCGACGAUAUCGAUCACUGGAAAAUCGAGGAAUUCAAACCUGAAGACAACAAAUUAUCAUUCACAGAGGAAUCUUCGUUUGCAACUCUAUUCCCCAAGUACCGAGAAAACUAUCUGAAGGAAGUUUGGCCUCAUGUCACUCGUGCUCUCGAUAAAGUCGGUGUAGCUUGUGUUUUGGAUUUGGUUGAGGGUAGUAUGACGGUGAAGACGACAAAGAAAACGUACGACCCAUAUAUCAUCUUGAAGGCUAGAGAUCUCAUUAAGUUGUUGGCCAGAAGUGUCCCGUUUCCCCAAGCAGUUAAGGUCUUGGACGAUGGCAUUUCAUCCGAUAUCAUCAAAAUCGGUAACGUCACCCGAAAUAAGGAACGUUUUGUCAAGCGAAGACAGAGAUUAUUGGGCCCUAAUGGAUCAACGUUGAAGGCUAUCGAAUUAUUGACGAAAUGCUACAUGAUGGUUCAGGGUAAUACUGUGUCCGCAAUGGGUCCCUACCAGGGCUUGAAAGAAAUUCGACGUAUCGUCAUUGACUGUAUGAAGAAUGUUCACCCUAUAUAUCAUAUCAAGGAACUCAUGAUUAAGAGAGAGUUGGCAAAGGAUCCAAAACUUGCUACAGAAUCGUGGGAUCGUUUCCUUCCUCACUUCAAGAAGAAGAAUGUCAAGCUCAACAAGAAGCCCAAGCCCGACUCCAAAAAGAAGGAAUACACUCCCUUCCCUCCAGCACAGACCUUGUCGAAGAUCGACAAGCAAUUGGAAUCCGGCGAGUAUUUCCUCAAGGAUUCAGAGAAGAAGGCAAGAGAUAUGGCGGAGCGCAAGCAAAAGCAACAAGAGACCACUGUCAAGCGAAAAGCAGAACGCGAAAAGGAUUUCAUCGCACCCAAGGAACCUGUGCAGAAGAAGUCCAAGAAUACAAAAGAGUAGAUUGUGCUUUUUUGCCGUUACGAAGAUGUCCGUGCAGCCGCCAUCAUUCCUGUCUCUUCUUCCUAAUUUACUACUUUGUCAAUGCUAUUUCUUUGGAACAUGACACCCAUGUAUCUGUUUCCAAUUUGCUCUUCUUAUGUUUCUCUACCCCAGUUCGCCAGUCCGCAGCACGGUUUAUUUGGGGGUGUAUAAUUGAAAAAAAAAAAACAAGUUUUUUGUUGCACUCUGCGUAUCAUCCACAUGGCAUAAAGAAAUAAAAUAAAAUGCAUGCAUUAAUCCUCAACGGGGCGACGAUCAAAAA